CUGUUAGAAAGCUGAAUGGCUACGCUUUAAAAUGAAUGUAAACUUUAACGUUUUCGUCUAUUAUUUGUUUAGCAAUUUACAUUUCAGUCGAGGAUUGCGCUUUUUUUGAUACACCCUGUAUAACAGGGAAGUGAGCAAAUUGAGAAAUAUACCCUGAAAUGUAGUCAUACAGAUGAAUAUAUGAACAUAUCUUGGGGAUACAAACAGAUCAAUAUAUUUGUGUAAUGAUGCACAUGAUCAAAAUUACUCCAGUGGCAGUGUAAGUGGACUAAGUAUAAUCGCUUCAUUUAUAUUGUUUAUUUGAAUAGUACAUGCACACAUUUUAUAUGCAUGACAGAAUUAAAUGACGUGUCGUUGUCACUUGUUACCGCCUCGUAACUGUAUAAGAAAGCAGAUCACGCAUUGCUUGUUAUAUAACUGAUUUUCCCGUCACGAAAUCACUGUCAAUUCAUUAACAUGAGCGUAACUGAACAGCAGAAAGCUUAUCAUUUGAGAAAAGUGAGAACACGUUUGCAAAGACUGGAUAUCAACCAAGAUGGCUACAUCUCACGCGAGGAUUUCGAGCUCAUGGGCAAAAGAUUGAUAGAAAACACUAGUGAUAUUACCAAAGAGAAAUCGGAAACUAUUUUAGCAACAUUUGCGACGAUUCCUGAUUUACUGGGCCUUAAACCUGGCGUGAAAAUACCGUUAGAAGAAAUGGCGAAAAUCGGCAGUGAUACCAUAUUGUCUGGCAAGAGACCGCCAGGAGUGCAUGAUAUGCUGUUUGAUUGCAUCGACACAAACAACAAUGGAACCAUAUCCAUCGAGGAAUACAAAGUUUACUUCAAAGUUAUAGGGCCCAAUAUAAGUGACGAAGAAAUGAAGCAUUCUUUUAAUACCAUCGAUUCAAAUGGAGACGGUGUAAUUAGUCGUGACGAGUUUCUUGCUGCAGCGGAGGAUUUUUUCUACGGAGUGGAAGAAACAGAGCUAUCGAAUGUGUUUUACGGAAAAUUAGUGCCUUGAAUAUUUUAAGUUCGUCUUAUAAUACAGUAUAUGUUUGUACAAAAUAAGUUGAAUGCAUUUGGACACAUAGACUAUAGUUGUUGAGUUUCUUUUGUCCUUAUACUGGUAAAUACUGUAGAUAAAUUAUUAAGAUCAGUUUAGAGAUAUUUACGGCCCUAAUCCAUAAUUAAAAAAAUAAUCUACACAAUCCCUGCAUGUAUAAUUGUUGAAGUGCUCUCGAUUUUAAGUCGUCAAAGAGCGGAGACUAAAGAAGGUGGCUUAUUUAGUUUGCAAGUUGAAGAAUCGGUUUAUUAAUUGAAAGUCAAAGUAGCUGGAAAAAAAGGUUCACGAUGUGAAACAUAAACAUUCAGGGAAACCCAAAAUAUCUUGGGUUAUGUACGCCUUAAUUAAAUGAAUUAAUAUUAGUACAAUUUCCGGAUUUCAAGAUAUUUAAUAUAUAGCUAAGUGGAAUCCUUAAUAUCAUAAUGAUAUGCAGGCUAAUAUAGCAACAAGUUCUAGUUCGUUGUUGGAAUAUUGAAUAUUGUGUUAACGGAUCACUUGGUCAUGAAAAGCCAGAUAAUACAGUUUUUUGGAGCAGUGUUUUGUUUUGGCUACAUUUAACAAUUCCCCAGUUCGGCAAUUGCCUUAAUUCGAUAGUGUAAAACAUAGACGUGGUGAGCUGUUGAAUAGUUACAAAAGGCGCCUCGUCACUCUUUGUAUAUAUCUUCGUUAUUCAAGUUUUAUAAGGGUUUAUGUUUUGAUGCAGUGUUGGAAAGUGUCCGGCAACCAGGAAAUUUUUAACAAAUAUCUUCACAGGAAAUGUUUUACAUCUUUUAGGAAAUUUUCCUUAUCUCAUAUUGAAAUGGCAUACUACAUAUACAACUUAGUUGUUUAAAUUUCCAGAUCCGUUUUGCAAAUCGAAAUUGUCAUGAGUCAAAAUUCAAAAUUGAUAUUUACAAUAUCUUCCACGUAGCUGCAGGAAUUUUUUCUUUCCCUAAAUUCUCUAAAUGCUUGCAUGACUUUUUUUCAAAUUCCACUCUUUGCACGAAUAUUUUUUGGGAUAUCUACCCCCCCCCCCCCCACGAUUCUAAUGGUCCAUCCCUAACUGUAGCGAACUACGUUUUUUAUACAACUAGCCCCUGCAGGAUUGUUAGUAACUAAUUAAAAAUAUUAAGAUCCAUCUGUUCUUCUCAAUAUUUCAACUACAAAUCUGUAUGGUAAGAAUCUAUAGUUUUGUUUUCAAUCAGUAAUUCAAUAUAAGGCACAACUUCUCUUGGUGUGAUAUUCUGCGAGAAAAACUUCACAACCUUUCCAUUCCUGUCCACCAAGUAUUUUCCAAAGUUCCACUUCGGGUAGUCCGAGGUUGCUUUGUACAAGUAGACGUACAAUGGAUGAGCAUGCUCUCCUCCAACAUCAAUUUUUGAAAACAAUGGGAAGUUCAGAUUGUAUUGCUUUUUGACAAAUUUUAAAAUACUCUUGUCAUCGUUUGGUUCUUGGUGUCCAAACUGGUUGCAAGGAAAUGCUAUAACUGAAAAACCAUGAGAUGAAAACUCUUCCUGAAUCUGAACCAGUUCUCUAUAAUGACCAUCUGUGUAACCACAUUCACUUGCAACAUUUACCAACAGCAAGACCU